CAUGAUUUAUUAUAUCAGAAAUAAUAACAGCGCUUGCUGACAUGAAAAAGAAAGAGGAAAUUCAUAUUUUCUUUCUUUUUUUCUUGUCAAUCUUUUCUAUCAUUGUAUUGAAACUUUAUCAUGGUGGAAGUACGAGCGUUAGCUUUGAGCUGACUAAUUAUUGAAAUUGUACCAAGAGGGAAAACAUUUUAUUGCCUUCAACCGUUUUGCCGUAUCUCUCAAGAUUACUAGUGCUAUACUCUUCAAGUUUUUGCGCACAGCCACAUCAAGCCCUUGGAUGGUAGAAUUCCCAGAAAAAUAAAACAGAUGAAAGUAAGACACGGGUAUUCUUUGCUGACCUGAUCUAUGUACCAUUCUCUUCUAAAUCUCCAUAUUUUACCAAGACUGUUAUGUUAUCUUCUACUUGUUGAAUUUAAAAUUCAAGCUCAAAUUCAUUGAGGUUCGAAUCUACUAAAAUGGAGAACUAAUUACGGAGCCUGAUUACAUGGCAAUUCUACAAAUAAUCCUAUAAAAUAAUCCAAUAAACAAUGAAUAUUUAUGCUCUUCGUUAAAUUAAAAAAAAAUUAUUUGCUCUUUGAUUAUAUAAAUUGGCCAUCCUAUUCUCAUAGUUUUGCAAAGGUCUUAGUCAAAAGUGAGCCCCUGAUCAAAUUACUGAAUACUUGUGUAACUCCUAAAAGAAACCCAUUAAUCCCUUUGCUCGUGAAUGGCUUGAUAGCAAACCCGACAUUUUUUGGGAAAAAAGUACUAAAAGUUUCUUCCUUCGCAAAAUAUUUGCAUCUUCAAAUGUAGAACUCCCAAAGACCGGAGAACAUGAGGGAACAUUCAUAAAAAAUAGAGACGGUGGGCUACCUAACUUCACAAACAUCUCAAUUGAUUUCGGUGUGAUUGAGAAUUUGAUAAAAAAACAUCGAUAUGAAAACUAGUAGAAGAUUUAAUCAAGCACGAAUGUGUGAUCAGCGUUGGAUGGAAUGUACUUCGGUGUACUAAUCGACGACCUCGCUGCAGUUCUAUUUCCAGUGAAUAGCUGGAGAAGCGAUACCGCGAUCUUAUACCGAUUGUACAAUAUCUGUCAACAGAAUAUAUUGUACAUUCGUAUAUCGUGUACUUGUCCCUCUUGCACACACACACACACACACACGCGCGCGUUACUGUAAGUACCGAAAAAAAACUGAAAAACCAUAAAACACCCAAAAACCCACAAAAAAAGCAAGAAAAAAAGAAAGAAAAGCGAAAAUUCAAUGAAGAGACGCGUACGUAUUGCAACUAUCAUUUAUUUUUUUCUUUUUCAUCACACUCUCCAUUAUUAUUCGAGGCUACGAGCAAUAGAGUUGUUUAUUAAAUUAUUAGGCCAAAAAUCACAGUUCUCUUACCAUAACAAUUUAUCGUGGUGUUACAAUUUUUCAUUGUCCAACGAAAAAUUUAAAAAAUUUGUUCGGUCAGCUUGAGCUAUGUGUUUAGCCCGUUAAAUAGUCCUGGAUCGAAAGGAACUGUCUCAUUAAAAAUGCAUUGGCGAAUAUUAUUGUAUUUCCGUCACAAUUGCUCUAUUUAAUGCCAAUUAUACAUCCGACUUUAUAGCCCGGAGCCUCGUUCGGAAGAAGCGUUUGAGCUGGAGAAAAAAGGACGAAACUGUCCGUCCACGUUUUUAUUUGGUGCUGUUUAGUUUGACGAUAUUUCGCAAACGCGUGCAACAUGCGUUGCGAUUUGUUCGUUUAUUUAUACUCGUUAUUAUUCUAACAACGGCAUUGUCUCGUGAAGAGUACGUGAUAUUGCCGGUGUUGAUAAAGCCUCGUGUGGCCUGUUCUCUAGAGAGCGCUAUGGUGAGUAGCGUUAUGAUACAAUGAUUUUUUUCAAGAUAACAAAACAAACAUAAAUUAUCUAUGAUCUAUGAAUAUAUCAAUAACUACAUGUUUGAUUCGUCGCUUUUGCUCAUUGAUAAUGCAGUUUACGGGGGUGAUGUAGGACGUAAGGUUUCUUUAUACGUGAGUAUUAUAUUCAAGCGUAAUCCUCUUGGAAUAUAGAGGGCGUAUGGGAAACUAUGCAACAAUCUGUAAGUAAGAAACGUAAUAGUAAAUUCUUCAACUGUGCGGCUAAAUAUCGACGAAGAAAUUCCUCCAGUGAACAAUAAGCAACACAUCGAAGCAGUCGUUAACAAAACACAUCGAAAAGUCGUUCUCUUCUGAAAUUAGUAUUUAUUCACUCUUUCAUUUGUAGUAUAAUAUUCACGCUGUACAGUACUUCGUUUGUGUCCAUACGUUUACGUACAUUCAUUUUGCGAUCUCACGAGUUAUUGAAGACAUUUUUACAAGCCUAUUUAUAGAUUUGGAUAAUUCGUUGUACUAUUUUUUCAAAGCGGAAUAGAGCUGAGCUUGAAAGCUCCCACGCGUAAAAAUCUUUCUUGCCGUUCACAAAAGUUGUUUUUUCUAAAUGCAUUCGUGUGGAAAAAAAUCGUCACAACAGUCGCGAACAGAUCGAUUGAACUCUCGUUUAAAAAUAUUGCGAGCACCGGUAAAAGUUUAUCAGUCAGUGUGAUAUUAAUGGUAUUACCGAAAAUUUUCGAGGUUAAGCGGUUUAAAAGCAAUGUUUACAAGUUUUUCAAUGCUCCCCCCAUUGGCAUUGACGCUAAUAGAGGGGAUCAAACAAAAAAUGGCGCGAGCAAUAAAAACUUUCGUGACCCAUGGUCAACAAAUAUUUUCAAUUUGUGCGAACAUCCUCGUGGUUUUUUUUUCUUUUUUUAUUUCAAAUCUUUUUUUGAGUUUCGAAUUUUGCCUGAUUCACGACUGCCGUUGCCUUCGAACUAAGCGUUUCCAUAAUACUUCGUCCCGGCGAGUGUUCGGUUAAUUGAAAUAAAGUACCAUAACUCGAAUAAAAAGAGAAAAAAAAUUCGUUGGAAGGUGGCAAAUAUACAGGAAUUAGGUGUGGAGUCUCUCUCGCGCGAGUCAGCAAGAGCAUUACGAAAAUUCUUCCAGCCUCGUGAUGUACGUAUUGAACUGGAUUAAUUAGAUAAUACCGUGAUCGGUAAUAAAUUCGAUACAGAAAUGGGCGAAAGACAAUGAUUCUCGAAGUUUUAUUCGGUCGUAAUAAAGAGUGACUUAUUCACGUAUCUGCGAAUACCGAGCACGGUUGCCAGGAUCGUUCUCAAGGUGACCGGUGAAAGAAUAAAUUUUUCUUUACAACGACUGAACAAACAUACGAAUCGUUGAUUUUUCAAGCCCAUCGCUGACCCGGAACGUUACGAUUAUAAUAAAUUGAUUAAUGAUACUAUUACUAUAAUAGGCUGUAAGUUGUCUCAUAGAAUUGUGUGAUGAACAUGUAAUCUUAAGGUAUGUGUGCUGAUUGUAGCAUCGUUUCCAUCGCAUUCUCGCGUCAGGCGGAGAGGUCUUGCCACUCUUCGCAUGGACCUGGGAGAUUGUCCCCAGAUUCACGACUUGGCACUGCGGGCUGACUACGAGGCCGCGCAGAAGAAGAAGGAUCACUUUUACGACAUCGAUGCAAUGGAACACCUUCAAAACUUUAUCGCUGAUUGUGACCGUCGGACCGAACAAGCGAAGCAACGUCUUGCCGAGACACAGGAGGAAUUGAGCGCAGAGGUAGCAGCAAAAGCAAAUAACGUUCAUGUGCUAGCGGAAGAAAUUGGAAAAAAAUUAGCCAAAGCGGAAGAACUCGGUGAAGAAGGCUUCGUCGAAGAGUCGAUGAAGCUAAUGGGUGAAAUUGAUGAAUUACGUAAGAAGAAAAACGAGGCGGAACAAGAAUAUAGAAAUAGCAUGCCGGCCUCGAGUUAUCAACAACAAAAAUUGCGGGUCUGCGAAGUAUGCAGCGCCUACCUCGGUAUUCACGAUAAUGAUCGCAGACUCGCCGAUCACUUUGGUGGCAAAUUGCAUCUGGGAUUCAUCAAGAUAAGAGAAAAACUUGCCGAACUUGAAAAAACUGUUGAGGAUAGACGCAAGGAGAAACGCGAAACUAUGAUGGACAGAGAUAGGCGAGAGCGGGAAAGAGACCGUGAGGAUCGCGACAGAGAUCGUGACCGAUCCGACAGGAGGGGACUCAGUUAUCGGGAGCGUGAACGCGAUCGCGAUCGUGAUCGUGAUCGAAGGGACAGAGAGCGAAGACGAUCUAGAUCACGGUCUCGUAGUCGUGGAAAGAGGUCGAGACGUUCACGGAGUGGAAGCCAUGGUCGCCGUUCUCGUUCGCGGCGCAGUGGUUCCAACGAUCGCAAGAGAUAAAGAGCCAGGAGUGAAACGGAUACGAGGAUGAAAAACAAAAACAGAAAGAGCCUACAAGGACCAUUGAACAUCUCACGGAACAGGGAAUGGAACAUCUCGAAGAUUGACUUUCGCUUGAGCAACAUCUUUGCCAAGGUUCGCGCUCACAUAAGUAAGAUCGCGUUCAUUUUUCGUAUUUUUUUUUAAUACGAAAGCUCACUUGUAUUAAAGAUAGAGAAAAGAGAAAUCAGAAAGCAAGUUGAUAAGAUCUAAUUACCUUACAACACACAAAACGUGAAUGAGCAACGAUGCUCUUUUCACACAUUCACACCCACAUAGCUAAUACACAUUCAUACAAUACACAAUCACAUUUUCGACACACGCAUAAACUCUCGCUUGUUCUUCGUUUGUGUAGAAGCAAGAGAGAGAGAGAAAAAAAAGAGAGACAUUGUUUUUAAUCGUUUUUAAUAUUAUCCGUGCGAAGAUUAUCCCAAUACCGGACUCGAAGAUAAUAAAUUCAUACUUCGGCAUAAUGCGGCAUUAUACGUGAGUAAUAUUUCCACAAUACGAGUUGUAAGUAAUUUUCUCUAUACAUACAUCCAAUACGCCAGACCAUCAAGAAAAUUUAAAAGAUAACUAUAGAUAUAUAAUCGUUGAUUUAAAUCACAUGGGUAAAGAUUUUCCGAUUCAGUUUCAACUAGAUAUAUCAUUGCUAUUACUCCUAUUGUCUGAUGUAAAUAAAUAAUUAAAAGAUAAAAAUAAAAUUAAGAGAAUACACUUGAUCUCUUUUAUUCGAGAAAAAAAGGGAAAAUGGAAAUCAAUAAGGAUAGAAUAAUAAUGAAAAAGGAACUUUUUUAAAUUUGACUUUGUCGCGUAUUUAAUGAUUGUCGAGUCGUAAAAGGUGUAACUAUUGACGAUUACUAGUAAACGUUAAUAUAAUAAAUAAAUAACGUACAAUUGUCACGAA